GUUUAUCGGAAUUUGGGUCCCUGAGCCGCAGCGCUGUCACAGAAGGAAACCGGUGCGUCCUCGCAGGCCACGUGCGGUAGUCGAACAUGACCCUCAAGCACUUAGUGCUCGCCCUCGCCGUGGCGGCGGCCUGCGCCGUCGCGCCGUCAUCCCCGCGCGGCAGCACCGAGGCCGUCGGCGACACGUUCGAGAUGUCGCUGGCCAAGGCGGUAGCCAAGAACGACGCCACGCUGGCCGUCGACAUGACGCCGAAGCUACGCGGCGCUUCGGAGGGCCAGAUGCCUUCCAGACCGGCCGGUCGCGGCCUAGAGUUUGGCCAAUACCAAACGGAUGAGCCGACGGCCGAGCCCACGGCCGCUCCCUCUAAGAGCCCGACGCUCAAGACGGACGACCCGACGGUCGCGCCAACGUCCUGUGAUAGGACCUUCAAAAAAGUGGAUACUACUACGAACGCCCCUGGGCCCCUAGAUUGUUACGAGGCGUGCUCCGAAGCUGGACUCAAGAUGCCGUGCAUCACGUCGGCCGCGGUCAACGAACAGCUCAGGCUUCAAGUUCAGGAGGAUGGCCUAAGCCCAGGCGGCUACGCCUUGGUCUGGUUAGGCUACACCGACGUCGCCAACGAAGGCAAUUUCGUGUGGGAGGAUGGAUGUACGUCCGAAUAUACAAAGUGGUCCCCCGUUCAGCCCGAUAAUAGAUAUUUCAAUUCAGGAGCUUUAGUAAAUGGUGCUGAUUACACCUACUUUUACGCCACGGCCUCCUUCACAUCGGGCAGAUGGUCAGACUGGAACGAUGAAUGCCCGGCUCCUGGCAUUUGCUUCUGCUACUGCCAGGAUGCGUGCAGCUAUCUGGCCGAGCCCACGACCGAGCCCACGGCCGAGCCCACGGCCGAGCCGACCGUCACGCUAGCGCCUACCGUCACGCUAGCGCCUACGCUACCCGUCGGAGGCCCCGCGGCCGCCGCCUGCCUUGCUCUUGAGGACGGCACCUGCGAAAAGUGCUGCGGCGGCUGCACUCGCAAGACUCCGGAGGUCGACGGCCUCGACUUUAGCGGCCUAGACGAGUGUGUCUGCUUCGAGGGCGAAGUUUCCGGAGAGAGUUUCUUUAAUGACUAUUAUGAUAGCGGUGUUGACUUCGAGCGCGUGUUUCUGUCGUCUAAAAACGACUGCGCAAAGGUGAUUGGAGAUUUCGUAAACAUCAAAGCGCGUGCCCGGCGCCCGUUCCGCGCAUGCGCUCGCACAUUAUAUGGUGGGAUUCCGCGCAGGGCCGGGGGGGCAACGACGCGAUUGUUGUCGAUGGCGACCGCAACUUCCUCUUCGUUUGCCCCGCGUCCGCCCUCCCCACCGCUCUCGACCCGUUUUCUUCCGCAGGGCGAGGAGGGCAACGACGUGCUGAUCGCGGACGGCGACGGCAACAUCCUCUACGUUUGCCCCGCGUUAGCCCUCCCCACCGCUCUUGACCUCGUUUCCUUCCGCAGGGCAACCAGGGCAACGACGCGCUGACCGCGACCGGCACCUUCAACUACCUCUUCGUUUGCCCCGCGUCCGCCCUCCCCGCCGCUCCUGACCUCGUUUCCUUCCGCAGGGCGGCGACGACGACGACGCGCUGAGCACGGAGGGCAGCAACGACUGGCUAUCCGUGUGCCCCGUGUCCUCCUGCCCACCGCUCCCGACCUUAUUUUCUUCCGCAGGGCGACGAGGGCGACGACACGCUGACUGCGACCGGCACCGACGUCUUUAUUUUCGACGGCGGCCCCGGCACCGACACCUGCACGUACAACGGAGAUCAGGUGACCGACGGCGCGCAGAUUGGCAACGCCGGCGCGGGGUGCGAGUGAGCCCGCCGACGUCGACGAGGCCGUGCACCUCGAAGCUGUUCAUAGCACACCCUCCCCUUUCUCGUGCCACACGCGCCGAGGCGCCGCUUCGGAGCCGGGGCACACGUACCCACCUUGUAUAUAAAAACACGCAAUCAC